ACCACCACCACCUCUCCUAUCAUCUCUAACACCACGUCUAACACCAACACCACCACCACCUCUCCUAUCACCUCUAACACCAUGUCUAACACCAACUCCACCAUUACCUCUCCCACCAUGUCUAACACCACCACCACCACCUCUAGCACCACGUCUAACACCACCACCUCCACCCCUACCACCACCACCACCUCUCCUACCACCUCUACCACCACCACCAUCUCCACCUCUACCACCACAAUCCUUCCUCUGGUCUGUAUCAACGGUGGUGAGCUGCAGAGUGGAGUCUGUAUCUGUCCUGAUGAGUGGACCGGAGACACCUGUUCAGAGGGGAAUUUCUGCAAUUCCACCAUCAUUGGUGAUUUUUCCUUCCCAAGAACAACGGUUGGCUGGUCUGCUUAUUCAGAAGAGUUGUGUGAUGAGAAUACAACCAGUGCCGGUUUACCAAAAGCCUCAGCAAGAUGUUUGAAUGACACUGGAUCUCCAAUGUUUGGUCCUCCUCAUGAACUGCAGUGUGAACUAACCCUCAGUGACAUUCUAGGAAAUAUCUCCAGCAGUUCAGGUGAUUUACUACAGUUAGCCUUCAGUACUCAGAUCCUGACCUCCCAACCAGAGCGGCUGUCAGCUGACAACAUCACCACAGCAGCUCAGAUAGCUAACACACUGCUUCAGUCUGCAAAUAUCACAGAGGACAUCGCAGUGGCAGCUGUAACCACCAUCAGUCAGCUGCUCAAUGCCAGUGAGGAGAGUACACAGGAGAGAGACGCUGUCCAAAACCUCACAGAGACCCUGGAGAAGUUUUCCCUGGACCAGCACAAUAAUGUGUCCUUGGUGGUUCAGCCCAACCUGGUAGUCCAGUCUGUCCAAGUACCAAGUGACACAGUAGGGAUCCAGUUUACUGCUCUGACUGGAAGAUCUGGUAAUUUUGUGGCCAACAGAAUUCAUCUCAACACAAAUACUUCUGAACUGAUAGCUGAUGAAGGAGGUGCGACCGAUGUCCAGAUUGUCAUGAAAUUCACACCAGUUUUACGUAGUAAAAACACAAACUACUCCAUUGGUUUUGUGCUCUACCAAAACGACCGGUUCUUCAGGUCCAGGGCUUUCAGAGCUUCUCCAGGAACCAGCAGAAGGGUCAUCUCUGCUAACCUGGGACAAGUGUCUGGGUUACAUGUUGAGAUGCUCUUCAAGCCCACAGCUGUUCCCAACACCUCCCUCUAUGACUUUGCCUGCGUGUCAUGGAACUACACGUUGAAAGACUGGAGCACCUUUGGCUGCUACAAAGUCAACCACUCAGCAGACGGCCUGCGAUGUUUCUGUAAUCACACCACUAACUUUGCUGUGCUGAUGUCAUUCAGGAGGGAUUUUAAAUACGCUGAAGUGCUAAACUGGAUCACCAUAUUGGGAUGUUCCAUGUCCAUCAUAGGGUUGAUUUCAACAAUAACAUUCCAGAUCGUGACCAGGAAAUCACGCAAAACCAACCCAACGGUCCUCUUAGUGAGUGUCUGCAUGUGUCUCCUGAUCUUCACCCUCCUCUUCAUGUUGGGAGUGGACAACCCUCAUAAACAGCUGGGCAAACCUGAAAUACAGAAGGACAACAUUCUCCCCCCGUCCGACACACACACAGAGUGGGACAGAGGGCCAUGUACUGCAGUGGCAGUCCUGCUGCAGUACUUCCUGUUGGGGACGUUCACCUGGAACACGCUGUACGCCACACAUGUCUUCCUAAUGAUCAGAAACAGCCUGGCCACCAGCCCAUCACACUUCACAGCCUAUACCGUGGCCAUCGGAUGGGGACUGCCUGCAGUUGUGGUGUCUCUCACCUUAGGAAUUAGUUACAGAGUGGAUGAUCCACUGGGAUACAGGCAGGAGGAAUUUUGCUGGCUUGCUGCCCUCGAUCCAAAGGGGAACUUUGACUUCAAGCUGCCAAUGUUUUGGGGUUUCCUGGUCCCUGUGGCGUUCAUGCUUAUCUUCAACACAGUGGUGUUGGUAUGUUUUACAGUUACAACAUGCAAGGCCAACCCACAUUUAACCAGUACAAGACACACAUCGAUGAAGAAGAAGUUCCUCAGUAGCUUUUCUCUGGCUGUGGUGCUCGGUCUCUCCUGGAUCCUGGGCUAUCUGUUGCUCAUUACACAGAACCAGACCAUGUACACCAUACUCAACAUCUCCUUCUGUGUUCUCACCACCACUCAGGGCUUGCAGAUUUUCAUUCUGUUCACCGCAAGAACAUCAAUUGUCAAGAAAAUGAUGGCAGAUGCUUUGAAAUCUGUCUCUAGUGUUGAGAUCCCACAUCACACCAAGAGAUUCAGUCUAUGGCGAGGCAAGCACAGUGAUAACGUAGAAUCAUACACACAGCUGGACCCUAUUCUGUCAACACAUUAACUGCCACAUCAUUUUUUCCCUUCUGAAAAAUAUGUGUAUUUAGCCUUAAUAUAGGCCAUAAAUAAUUAGUAUUUGAUUGCUAACAUCUCAACCAGCCUGUUCAGUUGCCCAAUUAUUGUUAAACUCAUUUUGUAAUGGAUUUUACAUAUGCUUUUUAAAUCAUCUGAAAAAUGGUACAUUAAUUAACGUCAUGUCUGCUUCAGUUACUUAUAAUGGAAGACACGCCAAGAUAAAUGAUGACUGAUAUCAAAUAGGAAUACAAUAUGAUAUAUUUGUGUGUCAAUAUAUGACUAUUCAAAUAUAUAUACAUAUUAAUGUUUACUGUUUAUAUGUUCAUAAUACCUGUAAAAUGACAUGUCCUGAAAACACUUGUGAAACAAAUUGAAGAUAACAGGCAGACUUUAAAUACUGAUAUGAAUAUGAAAAUAUAUUUAUAUUUGCACAGACAAAAAAAUCCCACAACAAUAUUUUUCCAUUGUCCAUAGUAGCUAGCUUUGUCUAAAUAGCAUUCCUUUAAUGUGCAACUCAACCGCCUGGGAGAGCAUAUUUUUCAAGAGUUCCUCAAAUUAAUAAAUAACAUAUUAGUAAUUUUGUGAUACCAAAAAUGAUGUUUUAGAGGUCAACAACAUUGUACAGUCAUGUAAUAUCCCAUUUUAUGCACAAUUAGUAAUGACAAUGUGUGAUUAAUCAGGUGCCUCUUAAGUGUUAAUUUCCAACUUGUUACUCACAGAUUGUAUAAAGCAUCUAAUUGAUUGGCUGCAAGUUCAACCUCUGUCAAUAUCUCAUAGACCUCCAUGAUAAACACUGAGAAAGAAUGCAGGCAUGUCAGUGGGAGGUAUGAAAGGCUGAGGAAGAAAGCAGGCAUGUCAGAGGGAGGUAUGAAAGGCUGAGGAAGAAAGCAGGCAUGUCAGAGGGAGGUAUGAAACACUGAGGAAGAAAGCAGGCAUGUCAGAGGGAGGUAUGAAAGGCUCAGGAAGAAAGCAGGCAUGUCAGAGGGAGGUAUGAAACACUGAGGAAGAAAGCAGGCAUGUCAGAGGGAGGUAUGAAAGGCUGAGGAAGAAAGCAGGCAUGUCAGAGGGAGGUAUGAAACACUGAGGAAGAAAGCAGGCAUGUCAGAGGGAGGUAUGAAACACUGAGGAAGAAAGCAGGCAUGUCAGAGGGAGGUAUGAAAGGCUGAGGAAGAAAGCAGGCAUGUCAGAGGGAGGUAUGAAAGGCUGAGGAAGAAAGCAGGCAAGUCAGAGUCGUAGCCAUAAAAAAAACAGGGCAGCUUGCCAUGCUGGGGGAGCGUGAGAAAGAAGUCACUCACCUGGAACAUGGAAGGGCAGCGGAUUAAGUUUCUGCUUUGCUCUAUGUACAAUGUUUUUCUUUGACCUCUCUGCCAACCCCCCACACCAACAAACCUUCACAUGUGGGGGGUUGGCAGACAGCCCAGACAGCUGCACUUUUACUUGCGUUUAAGAGCAGUUGGAGGCCACGGAAGGAGAGUUGUAUGGC